CCCUGGCGCUCUUUAUGCAGUUUGUUUCUUUUUGAACAGAGACAGUGAAAGUGAUUAAGCUUCUAGUCCACGGCUGCCAAAGGAACCAAAGCAGAAUGACAGACAAUGACAGAUGCCCGAGUGUGGUACAGUAUUUUGGAAACAUCAAAGGAGGAAUGAAACCAGCCAUGAAGAUCACCAUUAUGGGCAUUGUCGAUGACAAACCAAAGAGUUUUGCCAUCACCUUGCUGUGUAACCCAAGCGGCCUGGAUCAGGAUGUUGCACUUCUACUGAGGGUCAACUUUCAAGACAAGUCAGUCGUUCGAAAUUCAAAGUUCGCAGGAAUUUGGGGCAAAGAAGAAGGAAAGAUCCCAUAUUUUCCUUUCACAGCAGGGGAUAACUUUAAGAUGGAAAUCUUAUGCGAACACCAACAGAUGCGGGUGACUCUGGAUGGACGGCAGCUAUGUGACUUCACACAUCGAGUCCCACAGCUCAGAGCAGUCACUGGUUUAAACGUCAGUGGAGACAUCAAGCUCACUAAGGUGGCAUGAGAAGAUGGGCAGUACCUGCCACGUGGGACAUAUUUGUUGCUGACAAAGACAAGAGGCCCUCUGCACUAGAUCCCUGCACAGGGUCGGGUACCCACAGAAUACCCACAAAUCAGUCAGGACUAUACUUGGGGGCAUAUUUAUUAUGCAGUGUAAAAAAUGGCGAGAAAAUUUGCCACACAUCGCCAGGCUUCGCUAUGUA